AUGCAGGCUGCCGAGUAUGCGUCCAAGCGGGCCAAUGCCACCAUGCACCCUUCCACUGGCGUCGACCCUACCAAGAAUCACGACACCUACAUGAAGACCGCCCUCUUGAACGAAGAGCGCAACUGGGAGAAAGUACCUCCUCCUGCGCGUGAUACCUUCACCCUGUCCGACAUCCUCGGCCAGACGGACCCUCAUCUCGCCGUCGUCUCCCGCACCGGCCUCGUGGGCAUGUCUCUGCAGUACUACCAGCUGCCCGGUGAGACUGAGUGCCGCCAGCACUUCUUCUUCGAGCUGAACGAGAACGUGCAUUUUGCUGACGAGGACGGAAAUCGCUGUGCCAUUCAUGGCUUCGCUAUGUGGAUGGCGCCCACCGCCGAUAGCAAGGCCGAACUCACUGUGCGAUUGUGCAUCAAGAGUGAGCCGUUCAUGGAUCCUCUUCUGAUCUUCGAAUUUUACGUCGAGAACUCGAAGGAGAACCCGAAGGACCAAUUCAUUCUGAUCGAUUUCAUCAAUGAGACUGGCGGCAAGUUGUACGGUUACCGCGACGCUCUCCUCCAGUGGAUGAUCCGCCUCAACAUAGCCAAGUUCCUCAGCUGGUCUUGCCACGGCAUGGACUUUGAGGACUCCAACUUCGCAGGCGACGGCGAGUACAUGGGCGAUCUCAAGUUCGACAUCAUCAUCCACAACAAAUUCAAGUCCGACCCCAAUGAGCUUGGCGACAACAUGAAGCGGAUUAUCGACGUGACGAAGACGCCCAUCAAGCGCGGUGUUUGGCUCGACGAGGACUUCACCCGCCCUCUCGAAUACAGGCUUGCGAAACUGCCGUACGAGGGACCUCCCCCCUGGCGCGAUGCCAUCAGAAAUGCGUCUGUUGACAAGUGGUUUGAAGGGAUUGAUGACUGGUUUGCUACGGGAGAGUUUGCUAAGGAGUGA